AUUAAAGUGGGUUUCUGUUAUUCUAUAUUAUGAUAAAGGGCAGCACUUCAUUUGGCUUUUAACCUUCCUUUACAUUAAAUGGUGAGUUCUUAUUCUCUUUCUGAGUGCCCAUACCCGUGUGACAUAAUAUUCAGAAUAUUAAACAUCACUGGUUAUUUAAUGCUUUUUUCAAAUAAAACCUUAUUUAUACUCUCCAUAAUUUCCCCCAUGAACAAACAUCUCUAAUUUCAUUCCCCUGUUUUCAUUUCUUCAGCAGAAUUCUCUCAUGGAGUUUCAUACCGAUGUUGGAAACAUAUGGGCAAUGGCUGGAUUAAUAAUACCACACAUGAGAAAUGAUCAUGAAAUACUAAAACCGACAGUUACUGUCCCAUCGCCGGCGGCGGUGGUGGCGCCGGAGAAGAAAAGGAAAGACCGUGGUGAUGAUGAUGAUGAUAAUGAUGAUGAUGAAGUAGUGCCCACAACGCCGCAAUCGGAAGAAGCGAGGAUUCCGAUCAAAUUGGAGUGUCCGCCGGCGCCGAAGAGGAGGAAGCCGGUGAUAAUAUCUCAGGCUUAUAGUCGCCGGCGACUAUUUGUCUCUCCGCCGGACUUGAACACUGUAUUUAUUCCGAUCCGGCGAGUUGGUGGUAUGAGGAUUUGCAAGAUAUAACCAACUUUAUUUAAAAGUCUUUUCUUUUCCUUUUCCAAUCCAACAUCCGUUUCUACUAUUUUC